AUGGGUUCCUGGCUCACUGUAGGACCCUGCCGGUUCAGUCACCCACCCCCUCCUCAGUUCCCAUCUGUACGGCACAGGGGGUACCGCCAGAAAGGGCUAGCACAUCUCCUUCCCUUCCGCCCAAGUGAGGCUUUUAUAGUGACGCGGGACUUUGGUACCGAGAAAAGCUUCCACUAUCUUGAGAACAACAAGGAUGCCACAGAUGUGUCCGACUGCCUGACUUUGUCCCCUAUUCCGGGCCGGCGGCAGUCUCUGCAGCCCCUGUCCCUAGAGCCGCUUAACUACCCGGAAAACCUUGGGAUCCCUCUCAGGCAGGGGUACCCUCAGUGUAACGGCUGCAGUCUUCAAUCUUCCAUUCCGAAGGUGUCCUGCCCUAUUUCCUCGACCUCUCCCUAUGUCAGGUCCCCUGUUAUCCCGAGCACCCUAGCAGGGACUUCAGACCCGCACCAGGAGGUCCUGUCGGGUCCACUCCGAAGUUCCCCACCCCCAGCUCCGACCUCAGGAGGGUCCUCUAACGCUGCGGCGAUUCCCCCUGCGCUCCUGGUCCCCCUGCCCCGCCCCGCUCACUGCGGCGGAGCCGGUCCGACCGGGGCGCGGGGGAGGAGGGCCGAGGCGGCGAGAGUCGAGCUUCAGAAGAAGGCGCAGGCACUGCAGGAGUGAGGGUACCUACGGCGCCACCACCAAGAAGAGGUGGGCGAGCUGCUGGGCCAGAUCCAGGGACGCGGGGCCGCGCAGGUCGAGGCGCGCGACGCCCUCAAGUGCGACGUGACGUCGGCACUGCGCGAGAUCCGCGCCCAACGCGAAGGCCAUGCGGUGCAGAGCAUGCAGUCGGAGGAGUGGUUCCGAGUGAGGCUGGAUCGACUGUCAGAGGCAGCCAAGGUGAACACAGAUGCCAUUCGCUCAGCACAGGAAGAGAUAACUGAGUACCGGCACCAGCUGCAGGCUAGGACCACAGAGCUGGAGGCCUUGAAAAGCACAAAGGAUUCACUGGAGAGGCAAUGUUCUGAGCUGGAGGACCGUCAUCCAGCUGACACUGUGUCCUACCAGGAGGCCAUUCAGUAACUGGACACGGAGCUGAGGAACACCAAGUGGGAGAUGAUGGCCCAGCUCCGCGAGUACCAGGACCUGGUCAAUGUCAAGAUGGCCCUGGAUAUCGAGAUCGCUGCAUAUAGAAAACUCCUAGAAGGCGAAGAAUAUCGGAUCGGCUUUGGCCCAACUCCUUUCUCUCUGUCAGAGGGACUCCCCAAAAUUCCCUCCACACCCACUCACAUAAAAGUCAAGAGUGAAGAGAAAAUAAAGGUAGUAGAGAAGUCAGAAAAGGAAACUGUGAUUGUGGAGGAACAGACAGAAGAGAUCCAAGUGACUGAAGAAGUCACUGAGGAGGAGGAAAAAGAGGCCCAGAAGGAGGAAGAAGGAGGAGGAGAGGAAGAGGAAGCAGCAGCAAAGUCUCCCUCAGCAGAAGAGGCCAAAUCCCCAGGAAAGGAAGCCAAGUCGCCUGUGAAAGAGGAGGCCAAAUCACCAGAUAAACUCAAGUCCCCAGUGAAGGAAGAGGCCAAGUCACCAGCUGAGGUCAAGUCUCUGGAGAAGGCCAAGUCACCAGCUGAGGUCAAGUCUCCAGAAAAAGCCAAGUCCCCUGUGAAGGAAGAGGCCAAGUCACCAGCUGAGUCGUCUCCGGAGAAGGCCAAGUCCCCAGUGAAGGAAGAGGCCAAGUCACCAUCUGAGGCCAAGUCUUCAGUAAAAGAAGCAAAAUCACCAGCUGAAGUCAAGUCUCCUGAAACAGCCAAGUCACCAGUAAAGGAAGAGGCAAAAUCACCAGUUGAGGUUAAGUCUUCUGAGAAGGCCAAGUCCCCAGUGAAGGAGGAAGCAAAAUCGCCAACUGAGACUAAGUCUCCUGAGAAGGCCAAGUCCCCAGUGAAGGAAGGAGUGAAGUCCCCUGAGAAGGCCAAAUCACCAGUAAAGGAAGAGGCCAAGUCUCCAGCUGAGAUGAAAUCCCCUGAGAAGGCCAAGAGCCCAGUGAAGGAGGAAGCCAAGUCCCCUGCAGAGGCCAAGUCCCCAGAGAAGGCCAAAUCCCCUGUGAAGGAAGAAGCAGAGUCGCCUGAGAAGGCCAAGACUCUUGAUGUGAAGUCUCCAGAAGCCAAGACUCCAGUGAAGGAGGAAGCAAAGUCCCCUGCAGGCACCAAAUCCCCUGAAAAAGCCAAAAGCCCUGUCAAGGAGGAGGCCAGGUUCCCAGAGAAGGUGGCAUCUCCUGCAAAGGAGGAUGCCAAGGCUCCUGAGAAGGAAGUCCCAAAGAAGGAAGAGGUGAAGUCCCCCGAGAAGGAGGAGAAGCCCCAGGAAGUGAAAACCAAAGAGCUCCCAAAGAAGGUGGAAGAAAAGGUUCCAGCCACACCAAAAAGUGAGGAGAAGGAGGACACCAAGAAAGGUGAAGCUCCCAAAAAGGAAGCUCCAAAGUCUGAGGCUGAGGAGAAGAAGGAGGCUGCUGUAGAAAAGCCCAAGGAAUCCAAAGCUGAAGCCAAGAAGGAAGAGGCUGAAGAUAAGAAAAAAGCAGUGACUCCAGAGAAGGAGGCUCCUGCCAAGGUAGAGGUAAAGGAGGAGACUAAACCCAGGGAGAAGACUGAGGUGGCCAAGAAGGAGCCAGAUGACGCCAAGGCCAAAGAACCCAGUAAGCCGGUAGAAAAGGAGCCAGAAAAGCCAAAGAAGGACGAGACACCAGCAGCACCAGAAAAUAAAGACAGCAAAGAGGAGAAGGCCACAGAAGCCAGGAAGCCCGAGGAGAAACCUAAGGCCAAGGAUGAUGACAAGAGCGUCUCAAAAGAGCCCAGCAAGCCCAAGACAGAGAAGGCUGAAAAAUCCUCCAGAACAAACCAAAAAGACAGCAGGCUGUCAGAGAAGUCUGCAGAGGACAAGGCCACCAAGGGCGAGAAGUAAGCAGAAGAGAGAGGAACAUCCAGAGCAGCCAAGAAACUCAGGAUGGUCCCGGAG